UAAACUUUUUUUUCAGAUCAUAAAUAAAAUGUGUGCGGCAACCAACACUGCAGGGUUGGUUGGCAAGUUCGGAGAAGCUUCUUUCAUGUCUAUAUCUACCAGUAGACAGGAUCCAAGAGUACCUCCGAAAUACCCAAAAGUUUCUAAAUUCUUCAAGAGUAGGAAUUUAAUGGACGUUGAAAAUAUUAUUGAAGAAAAUGACGAGGAGGUCGUGGAGGAUACAGAGACAACGGAGAAGCGGAAUGAUUUAGAAGAUCAAUUUGAAGAGCCAUCAUCUCCUAGUCAGACGAGUGCCCUAUCUUUGGACUCAACCAUGAUCAGUCAGCAGAAUAUGAACUCAGAACAAGCAACCAGCGGGGUAACCCCUAGACAGAAAACUACAAAAGGAUUAUCUCCUAACUCACAUCUGGAUAGUUCCCAACCUGAUCACUCUCUCCUGUUCCAAGGUGCAGCAACACCCUUGCCUUUAAAACCCAAGAACAAAGAUUCUCAUAUAAACGUUGCUGUUCGAGUCCGACCAAUCCUACAACAUGAGCUGGACAGAACUCAGCCUGAGGUUUCGGUCAUAGACACACACAAGGACUUGGUAGUUGUCGGUCUUACUAAAUCCUUCCGGUUUGACAAGAUAUUUGACAGUGAUUCAACACAGGAGCAUGUGUAUUCUUCUUUUAUCGAGCCAUUAGUUGAUCAGGUUCUGGAAGAAUAUAACGGUUGUGUGUUUGCCUACGGACAAACUGGGACAGGAAAAACCUAUAGUAUGGGUACUUGCAACCAACCCGUUCAAGCUGGAAAUAAUCAGAGUGGGAUUAUACCCAGAGCAGUAAACCAGAUCUUUGAUGCAGAUCCAGACCUAAAAGUAAAGGUUUCCUUCUUUGAGAUAUUGAACGAACAGGUUUACGACCUUAUCAAUCCAAGCAGGCAGAGAGUUCCCCUGUCAGUUAGGGAACCUAGACGAGGAGUUUUCAAUAUUCCUCAACUUACGGAAAUACAGGUUGAUGAUGCAUCUAGUGCUCUUCAGUACCUUGAGCAGGGCCUAAGUCUCCGAUCUACUGAAACCACAAAACUAAAUAAUGGGUCAUCUAGAUCUCACGCUUUGUUUACACUGCACCUUACUUCAGAGAAUACCGAGGGAAAAAUCGUUAAAAGGAAACUUAGCCUGGUAGAUCUAGCGGGUUCAGAGUCGGCUAAGAAAACUGAUUCCACCGGAGCUAGGUUUUCAGAGGGAGUUAAUAUAAAUACAUGUCUUCUUCAUCUUGGCAACGUCAUUCGCGCUCUUAUUCAUAAAAAUGUGCACGUUCCUUUCCGUGAUACCGUUUUAACUAAAGUUCUGAAAGAAUCUCUGGAAGGGUCAGCAUUUAUCUCUAUGAUAGCCUGCAUCAGUCCCACCAGCUCGGAUAUGCUGGAAACUGUUAACACGCUCAAGUUUGCCAAUAAGGCCAAAUCUCUUUCCACUAAUCCCAUUCCUGCGUUCUUGUUGGAAUCCUCUGGGUUGUCAGCUGCAAAGAAACGGAAGUUUGGAGAAACUAUUCCAAAGACUCCAGGUGUUUGGAAUAAAACAAUAUCAACUCCUACUCCUUCUAAGAUUGUAAAGAAGAUCAGCUCCAGGAGACAUCUUAAUGCAACAAUCGGGACCCCUGGAAAAAGAGCUCGCGGAGAAGAUUUUUUAACUCCACUUGGAGUGUCUAACUCUGCUGUGACAUCAACAGUGCUAAGGCGUCCUAGAGAGUUAUCUCCAGAUUCGCCUAACUUUUCAAAUCUUUCUGGAGUUUCUAUGAUUCAAUAUCCCGAUAAUUCAAGAAUGGAGGAUGCAGAUAACGAUGUUGAAGACCGUUCGAGGAUGGAAUCCAAGACUUUUAGCAUUCAUGAGAUUACUUCAGUAUUGUCUCCUUACAUGCGGAAAUAUGAAGAAACGAUGAGCCGCCAACUUUCUCAUUUAGCCCAGGAACUAUUAAAAAAGCAGAGUAAUGUUACACCCCGGAGACCUCAUAAACCAAGAAUGACAAGUUCUCCGCUGAGAUCAACUGUUCCUGAGAACCAACCCCUCUUUCAUGCAAACUCUGCUGACUCUACUGAGGAGGGACUUAGCCCUAGUGAAACGAUCAUAUCCGGAAGUGACAAAGAAUUACCGCUCAGGGAAAUAACCAAUUACCGUCGGCAAUCUGUAAUUGAUUCUGGUUCACCUGUAUUCUCAAAGAAGAGGUCCUCCGUUAAUAUUCCAGUUUAUGAUUCCCCAGCUUCCACUGCUACACUUCCCGGAUCACCUACUAUGGAAGAGAUGGAGAGAUCUCUAGGAAUCGGACCCGAGAGUCCGUGUGCGUUAUUCUGUGCUCCAACCAUAACGGCUCCGCGACGGGAACGACAAGAAUCGAGAGCACGAACAUCUAGAAGAACAACAAUGCUCGGAAGUGAGAUUGAAACUUCCUUAAGAUCUCUCCGAGAGAAGUCGUUUUAUAGAAGAGAAUCAGCACGUCCAGUUCGUGCAGCUGCCCUUGGAGUCUUUUAUGGAUCUCCGAAUAAGGAGUGUUUAAAAAAAUCAAAUCCCAUAUCGGAAGAUGAGGGGUUUAAACAUCCAUUGCUGGCGACGAGGACUAGGAUUAGUCCCAGAAAGCAGAAGCAAUACAACGACAUGACCCUCAGUAUUCUAAACAUGGGAACUUUGAAACAGCUGUCAAGUCUGACGGCGGUAGGUCCUAAAGCUGCUCUUAAGAUUCACACCUACAGGGAUUUGAACAAUGGAAUUCUCUCCAUUCAGGAACUGGAGAACAUCCCCGGAUUAGGAGCGAAGUUCUACAAAAAGUUUUUACUUCAUAACCAGAUUGUUUUCAGCGAUGAUUCAUCAGCCUCCUAAAUACUUAAUAUUCAGCGAGCAUGUUUCGAGCAAAGUUUUUUUUGUGUUUAUCAUCGGUAUUCAGUUUUAAUUUUUAUGUUUAACGUAUAGUUUAAGCCUCGUCCAUUUUAAAUUAUCAAAACUAUUUUCCGUCUUGACGACCCAAAAAUUUAUUUUAAAGGUUUUAUAUUUGCCUCCCCUCUCAUCUGAAUUUCUGCAUACUUGAAGUUGAUUAACGAACUAUGGUUAAUUACUAUCUUAGUAUUAGUUUCUUAUUAAAGUUAUCAAGAGCGAGUAAACGAUGGACGAGGCUAUUAUAUAUGUGUCCUUCUUCGUUCCUAUCCAAUUUUAAAAUAUAUUAUAUUAAGGGUAUCAAAAAGAAAUACAUGUAUAUGUAUUACUGAGAUAUUUAUCUAAAUUAAUUGUGACAUUUUGAGAUGUGUAUUUUAAAUUCCUAUGUUCUAAUUACAUUGUAAUUAUGAUAAUCGAAAAUUUCUUGCAAUAUAUAGAAAAAUAAUAUAUAUGUUUAAAUUAACUCGUUAGGAGUAAGCUAGUAUUUUUAAUGUUCAUUUUUAUAUCUUUUCUAUAUACGAAGGUUAGGUUCACAUUUUUAGACUUCAUAGACCUAAACAACGCAUUUAGAAACAACCUUGAUCUUAAUUUUAGAAAUUCUCGACAGAAAAUAUAUAUGUAUACUAAAGUUUUUAUCUUUUGCUUAUGUCAACGUAUUGCAAACAGCACUUGGAUCUCGGUCAAUAAAACAUCUUAAGCUCGCCUAAAUUAAGCCUUUAAGCCCUCAACUAUUUUUGCUUUGUCUCUUGGAUUAAUUAUAUUCGAUUGUGAAUAAAUAAUAAAGAAUAAAUGAGACUAAAUUAAACUUUCUAUUCAGCAAAAUGUUAAAAUCAUUUAAAACAUGCGGAUCCGGAUCCAAUAGAAAGUAAUUGGAUCUUAAGCACUGUGAUUCAGACUUCUUUUUAAUAAAGGCAAAUAAACAAGUCUAUAAAAUACA